UUCAGGUUUCGGGGCGGGCCGGGUUGUUACCCGGAUGUAGAAGCCCAUGUGCGUUACUUGAAUUGCAGCAGGAGUGUUCUUCUUGCGUUAUAUCACUCUCUCUCUCCUUCUCUCUCUCCUCCGGCAGGUUGCCUCGCUUCCAGUCAUUGUUCGAAGAUGCUGCGCUUGCCCAGUGUGAUGAGGCAGAUGAGGCCGGUGUGCAGAGCUCUUGCUCCACACCUCACCCGGGCCUAUGCCAAGGACGUGAAGUUUGGAGCUGAUGCCCGGGCGCUCAUGCUCCAAGGAGUGGACCUUUUGGCAGAUGCCGUGGCUGUCACUAUGGGACCAAAGGGUCGCACAGUUAUCAUCGAGCAGAGCUGGGGCAGCCCAAAGGUCACCAAAGAUGGCGUCACAGUUGCCAAAAGCAUUGACCUUAAAGACAAGUACAAGAACAUCGGGGCGAGGUUGGUGCAGGACGUGGCUAAUAACACAAAUGAGGAAGCGGGUGACGGCACCACCACCGCCACUGUACUGGCACGGGCCAUUGCCAAAGAGGGCUUCGAUACCAUCAGCAAAGGUGCCAACCCCAUAGAGAUCCGCAGAGGAGUCAUGCUCGCUGUGGAAACGGUCAUCAACGAGCUCAAGAAGCUGUCCAAACCAGUCACUACACCAGAGGAAAUCGCUCAGGUGGCCACCAUUUCUGCCAACGGAGAUACCGAAAUCGGUACGAUCAUUUCCGACGCCAUGAAGAAAGUAGGACGUAAAGGAGUGAUCACUGUAAAGGAUGGCAAAACUCUGCACGACGAGCUGGAGAUCAUUGAAGGCAUGAAGUUUGACCGUGGCUACAUCUCCCCCUACUUUAUCAACACGGCUAAAGGUCAGAAGUGCGAGUUCCAGGAUGCCUACGUGCUUCUGAGUGAGAAGAAGAUAUCCAGCGUUCAGAGCAUUGUGCCAGCCCUGGAGAUUGCCAACCAGCACCGUAAACCCCUGGUCAUCGUGGCUGAGGAUGUAGAUGGGGAGGCCCUUAGCACGCUUGUCCUCAACAGGUUGAAGGUUGGGCUGCAGGUUGUGGCGGUAAAGGCACCAGGGUUCGGAGACAACAGGAAGAACCAGCUUAGAGACAUGGCGAUUGCUACUGGAGGAACCGUGUUUGGCGACGAGGCUGUCGGCCUGGCCGUCGAGGACAUACAGGCGCAUGACUUUGGCCGUGUGGGCGAGGUGGUCGUGACCAAGGAUGACACCAUGCUCCUGAAGGGCCACGGAGACCCGGCUGCCAUCGAGAAGCGUACCAUCGAGAUCGCCGAGCAGCUGGAUACCACCACCAGCGAUUACGAGAAGGAGAAACUCAACGAGCGCCUGGCCAAGCUCUCUGACGGAGUGGCUGUACUGAAGGUCGGUGGAACGAGCGACGUGGAGGUGAACGAGAAGAAAGACAGAGUGACCGACGCUCUGAACGCCACUAGGGCUGCUGUCGAAGAGGGCAUUGUUCCCGGAGGUGGCUGUGCUCUCCUGCGCUGCAUCCCUGCCCUGGAUACCAUCAAACCCAUCAACGAGGACCAGAAGAUCGGUAUCGACAUCAUCCGCAGAGCACUGCGCAUCCCUGCCAUGACCAUCGCUAAGAACGCAGGAGUGGAGGGUUCUCUGGUGGUGGAAAAAAUCCUGCAGAGUGGCUCGGAGAUCGGCUACGACGCCCUUCUCGGCGAGUACGUCAACAUGGUGGAACGAGGAAUCAUCGACCCUACGAAGGUGGUAAGGACAGCUCUGCUGGACGCUGCUGGUGUUGCAUCCCUGCUCUCGACGGCGGAGGCCGUGGUUACAGAGUUGCCUAAGGAGGAGAAGGAAAUGCCCGGAGGAAUGGGAGGUGGCAUGGGCGGAAUGGGUGGUAUGGGUGGAAUGGGCUUCUAAACACCACUUCCACACGUGCCAUACAGACUUUACGGCAGGGAUGGUGAGCGCACGGGACACAGGUCGACCCUUCCCUUGCACUCCCUCACCUGCCCAGGAGUGUGACAAUGCAGAAGAAACCCAUGUACUUCUAUAAACCAAGCCUCUCCACUCGGGGCUGAAGCUGACCCGACCCUGUUACUCAAAAGACAAGCAUCACGUGAUUUCAGUCCAUACUCAACAUGCUCAGUUUGAUCAAUGAUUAAUAAGGAAAGCAGCACGAAUGCUCUUCUUCUAAUCUGUCCUCUUUAUGCAUUGAGGGAAUAGUGUUAAGGCUUGUAGCUAAACGUGAAUGUCGUGUUAAAAAGCGCGUUGAAACCUGCCUUUAAACGGAGCACCGAUAUGUCGAGGAACUCGAGCCUGACCUCAGCAAAUUCCUUUUAUUUUUCUGUCCAGUUUGCCUUUUUUGUGUGUGCGUAUGUGUUAUGUUUACACUUGUUCUAAACAUUCAAGAUGAUUAAAAGAAUCUCUCAGAAGA